UAAGGCAUAACACAAACAAUCCCGCAAUCACUGGAGGCCUCUCGUGGCCAUUAAAAGUCAGUAGUUCAACCGAGGAGUGGUUCUCCAACUCUCAAGUCCAUAUAGGCCUCCUUCCUUCAAGAGGCCCUCGUAAACAUCACUACAGUUAAUAAAGUGCAUUGUGGUCAGGAAGCAGACAGCGGCGAGUCGCUAACUCCGCCAUGCAGAAGCCGCGCGCCCGGACACCGCCCCGCGGCAGCGGCGGCGGCGGCAGCGGCAGCGGCGGGGAUGAGCGUUUAUGAUCAUGUGCGGCGGCGCUUAUGUUAUUGUUAGUGGGAGGGGAGCACAUGUCUUCUAAGUGAAAUUACGCUCGGAGGCUAGAGCUGUUUUUUUUUUUUUUUUUUUUUUUUUUUUUUUUUUGUAUUGUUGCCGAUGCCCCGCCUCUGAUGGUAGCCUUAAACCUGGCACCCGGCUAAAACAAACCAAAGCCAGCACCGAGCUCCCCACUCGAUCCAAUUAAAGGCGCGACUUGAGGCGCUCUCCUACGUGUUCAUCUACCAGGAUCGACGUUGAGACAACAGGAACCAGAGGGGCUUUGGCCAAAAAAAAAAAAAAAAAAGAAAAAAAAAAAAAGAAAGAGGAGAGAAGAGAAGGGGGAGAGAGAAGAGAAGGAGAGAUUGCCUUGCCUUCUAAUUUCUCCCUCUCCAAGCCACAGAACAAUGUCGAUGAGCCCUAAGCAUACGACUCCUUUUUCUGUUUCCGAUAUCUUGAGUCCCCUUGAGGAGAGCUAUAAGAAAGUAAGUAUGGAGAAUAACAACUUGGGGGCACCUCUCGCUUCUUACCGGCAGCCGCAGGUCUCUCAGGCGGCGAUGCAGCAGCACCACAUGGGCCACAACGGGACUGUGUCAGCGGCUUACCACAUGACUGCGGCGGGUGUCUCCCAGCUGUCACACACUGCCAUGGGGGGCUACUGCAACGGCAACCUGGGCAACAUGGGCGAGCUGCCGGCGUACCAGGACGGGAUGAGAGGCAGCGCCGCGGCCACCGGCUGGUACGGAGCCAACCCGGACCCGCGCUUCUCCACCAUCUCUCGCUUCAUGGGCUCCUCGUCGGGCAUGAACAUGGGCAGCAUGGGCAGCCUCAGCUCCCUGGCAGACGUGGGCAAAGGCAUGGGCUCCCUGUCCAGCGCCCCGAGGAGAAAACGGCGGGUGCUUUUCUCCCAGGCGCAGGUCUACGAGCUGGAGCGCCGCUUCAAGCAGCAGAAGUACCUGUCGGCGCCGGAGAGGGAGCACCUGGCGAGCAUGAUCCACCUCACGCCGACCCAGGUGAAGAUCUGGUUCCAAAACCACCGCUACAAGAUGAAGAGGCAGGCCAAAGACAAAGUGUCCCAGCAGCAGAUGCAGCAGGAGAGCGGCGGCUCCUGUCAGCAGCAGCAGCAGCAGCAGCAACAGCAGCAGCAACAGCAGCAGCAAUCCCCGCGGAGGGUGGCCGUGCCGGUGUUGGUAAAAGACGGCAAGCCGUGUCAAGGCAGCGGCCACACGCCCACGUCCGCGACGCAAACGCAAACGCACCACCAACAGGGAGGCAACGUCAUGAUCAUGUCCAACAACGCGUCCGGGCACGGGCAGCACCCGAGCCAGCAGGUGGGCAGCACGGGUCACUCCCCGGACCUGGCGCAGCACUCCUCCAGCCCGCCGUCUCUGCAGAGCCAGGUGGCCGGCCUCUCCCACCUGAACUCCCCCGGAGCGGAGUACGGCUCGGCCUUACAGUGCUCGGCCCUGCUGUACGGCAGGACGUGGUGACGAGACGCUGCGGCUGUGGUUCAAAGAGAGGCAGGUCGCAGCACGCAUGCACGCAUUUGAACAAAAAAAAAAAAAAAAAAGACGAAGAAGAAGAGAAAACUCGAGGUGCAUCUUUUUAUUCUACAAGGAAACUCACGUGGAAGAAACUUUUCCCAUAAACUGUGGAUGUGAACGUCCUGGGAUUUAUUUAUGUAAAUUAUAUAAAGAGACAAAAGAAGAUCGUUGCGGUAGACUGAUAGUUGGGGGACACCUGACCCUGAGCAGGGACACACACACACACACACCCACACACACACCCACACACCCCCCCACACACACGCACACACACACACGACUGGACUGCAGUGAAACCCAGUGCGCCUCUGCUUUCUAAUAGAAUUUAAUGUGAGCCGUAGGUCUAGCGUGUACAUUUCUGUAAAAGGUUUGAAUUGUAGCUCUUUGUUGUACAAACUUUUUUGACGCUCUUGCUGGUUUGUUGUGGUUUCCCCGGUAUUUGUACGUUUUAUUUCUUUGUAACUUAUAUAGAUACUUGACACACUACAAAAAACAGUCCUAUUAAUAAAUUAUGGAAACGAGACAGCUAAGCUAUUCUUUUGUGAAAUAUGUUCGCACGACGCGUUGUUGCAUUAUGUGAGUAAUUAGGUUGAAGAAGAAGAAGAAGAAAAAAAAAGUUAGUUUAGUAAUAGAAUAUUAUCAUCAUUAUUGGUUUUGUCGCAGUAUUAACAACGUCUCUCUUUUUUUUUUCUUUUUCUUUUUUCUUUAUUCCCCAAAACAAAUCGGAACAAAAAUAUUUCAAAUUGAGGAUGUGGAUCCUCAAUUCGUACCUUUUCUUUUCUUUUUCUUUUUUUUUUUUUUUUUUUUUUGAUGAAUCAUUGGGUUGCGCGCGUGCACCGCAGAACAAACGCCUUUGUAGCCUUUACAUGCUUUUGUUUUUUUUUGGUUUGUUUCUUUGCUCUUUUUUUUUUUUUCUGGAUGUGUGUUCACUGAGUCACAGAGGCGAGGUCUCUCGGAGCUCCACAUCAAACACCAGCGCUGCUCAAAGGGCAGCUUAUCGAUGAAAUCCCUGACCAAACAGCGCGCGGAAUUCUUGUCGAAUGACGGGCGCGAGCCUCUAUCAGCUGCUCCAUCGAUAAUCAAUCAGGGAGCUGAAAGGGACGGGCGAUGGGUUUGAGAUUCAGCAACAAACUCGUUCCUAAAGACGUAUUAUUAUUAUUAUUAUUAUUAUUAUUAUUAUUAUUAUUAUUAUUAUUAUUAUUAUUAUUGUGGAUUUUAAGCACAGUUUCGAUGUGGCCCAUAUUCCACGGUCUCGAUAAUGAACCGAAAUCGUGACCGACUGUGUACUCAAUUGAAUUUAAUACGUUCACGUUAAAAACAAGGCCUUUAACUAGGACUCUUCUGCAGGUGUGAGCAGUGAGGUCACAACGAGGUUAGAAUUAGGACGAUCACGUUCAGAGGCGUCACAAGACAUAAGUGAGUCAAGCUGCUGGGUUGGGCCCCCCCCCCCGAGGUCAGGAGGGGGGGGCCCAAUAAGCACUUUAGAUUUUAGCUAGAAAAUUGAUCCAAAAGUUUCAAAUUUAAAUACAUACAAUAAUUUAU